CUUUUGCAACCCUACGCUGCAAUUCCCAUCUCAACCCUCCGACGUUGUGCAUUAUCUGCUUCUCUUCUCUCCUUUUGUAGUUUGCCCCUUUGUAAUUCCCCUAAUUUUGCCCUCAAUUCCUUGAUUACCCUUUUCCUUCUUCUCUCCGAUUUCAUCACAAUACCCGCCAAUUUUCUCUCUCCUCCCUCGUUCGAAUUUCAGUUAAUUCUCCCCCUUUUCUUCUUCCUCCUCCUUCCUACAAUUCCCACCUGCGAAUUUCUGGAGUGUUUUUCUCAAUUUGUUCGGAUUGUUCUCCUUCUGUGUUCCAUGGAUUGCUUUUACAAGAUUUGAGAAGUACCCAGUUCGAAUUUGAUGAUUUACACUGUUUUGUUAAGCUGAGCUGAUGGAUCAAAAUCCUAAUUUUCUGAGUUAGGGUUCUAUAACCCCGAGGUUGUUGAUGCCUCUGGUGACUGGACAUUGUUGAGGGCUGCUUACAAAAUUGUAACUAGUUCUUGAAAAAUUAUGGGGAAUCAUGACUUGAUCCAUGGAAAAAAUCACAGAAUGGAUCUAAGCCAUGGUCAGCAGCCGGUGCUUUCCCAUAAUCACAGCCGAGGUCAUGGACAAACUCGGGAGCAUGAACUGGGUUUGGGACAAGGGCAUGAGCAGAGUUUAGGACAUGCCUGCGACCAAGAUGAAUUGGCUCUGGAACAGAACAAUGACCAUGAAGCAAGCGAUGGACAUCAUUAUGAACAAAGCAAUGACUUGCAUAUGGAGCAUAAACCUAAUCAUGAAAGCCAUGAAAUCUCCUCACAGAACAAUGAUUUAUCUAUAGAAGAGCACAAUGAGCUGGCUGUUUCCAGCAAUCAAGAAUUUGCUGAGGAUUUGGAGUUAGAUAUGGAUCAAAACCAGGAAAUUUCUAUUGAAGAUGUUGAUGAUAUGGGUGUUCAGGACCCAGAGUAUGUACUUAGUAACGUUGUUCAGGCCCGCUCUCUGGUUGUUAGCCCUAGCCAUGAGAUUCGUGUAGGGCAGGAAUUCCCAGAUGUGAGGAGCUGCCGCAGAGCUUUAAGGGACCUGGCAAUUGCUCUACACUUUGAAAUGCAGACCAUCAAAUCUGAUAAAACUCGCUUUACUGCGAAAUGUGCAGCUGAAGGAUGUCCCUGGCGUGUGCAUGCUGCAAGGCUUCCUGGGGUGCCUACUUUCACAAUCAGGACCCUUUAUGAAUUCCAUACAUGCAAUGGAAUAGGUCAUCUUGGCCACCAACAAGCAUCAGUUCAGUGGGUGGCAAACUCUGUUGAACAACAUUUGAAAGAGAAUCCUAACUGCAAACCCAAAGAGAUACUAGAAGAGAUUCAUCGAGUACAUGGGAUUACCUUAUCAUACAAGCAGGCCUGGCGGGGUAAGGAGCGUAUCAUGGCAGCUAUGCGUGGUUCCUUUGAAGAGGGUUAUCGGCUUCUGCCACAAUAUUGUGAGCAAAUUAAACGCACAAAUCCUGGUAGUAUUGCUUCUGUUUAUGGUAAUCCAGAAGACGGCUGCUUCCAACGGCUCUUUAUUUCAUUCCAAGCAUCUAUUUAUGGUUUUCUAAAUGCUUGUAGACCACUGCUUGGGCUUGAUAGAACCUAUUUGAAAAGCAAGUACUUGGGCACUUUGUUGCUUGCCACUGGUUUUGAUGGGGAUGGUGCUCUCUUUCCUUUGGCAUUUGGUGUAGUUGACGAGGAAAAUGAUGAGAACUGGAUGUGGUUUCUAUCAGAACUCCACAUUCUACUUGAGACUAAUACUGAAAAUAUGCCAAGGCUAACCAUUUUGUCUGACAGGCACAAGGGUAUUGUUGACGGAGUGGAAGCAAAUUUCCCCACUGCUUUUCAUGGAUUUUGCAUGCGUCAUUUGAGUGAAAGCUUUUGUAAGGAGUUCAAUAACACAAUGCUCGUGAACCUUUUAUGGGAAGCUGCUCAAGUUCUUACCAUAAUUGAAUUUGAGGCAAAGGUUUUGGAAAUAGAGGAGAUAUCACAAGAUGCUGCGUUUUGGAUUAGAAGAAUUCCACCCCGUUUGUGGGCUACAGCAUAUUUUGAGGGCACAAGAUUUGGGCAUCUGACUGCAAAUAUAGUUGAAUCUUUAAAUAGUUGGCUUCUUGAAGCUUCUGGACUCCCAAUCAUUGAGAUGAUGGAGUGCAUUAGGAGGCAGCUAAUAACUUGGUUUAAUGAACGACUUGAGAUAAGCAUGCAGUGGGCAUCGAUAGGAACACUCGUUCCUAGUGCUGAAAGGCAUGUUGAUGAGGCAAUUGAGCAUGCUCGGUCUUACCAAGUUCUUCGUGCAAACGAGGCAGAGUUUGAAGUUAUAACACAUGAAGGAUCAAAUUUUGUGGAUAUUCGAAAUAGGUGUUGUCUGUGCAGGGGAUGGCAACUGUAUGGUCUACCAUGUGCACAUGCUGUGGCUGCCUUACUUUCAUGCAGGCAGAAUGUACAUCGUUUUACAGAAAGUUGUUUCACAGUUGCAACUUAUCGGAAGGCAUAUUCUCAAACUAUACAUCCAAUUCCAGAUAAGUCAUUGUGGAAGGAGGAGUUGUCUGAAGAGGAAUUGGAUGCAACCAAAUCUGCUGGCCUUAUUAUAAUAAACCCACCCAAGUCUCUACGCCCUCCUGGAAGACCGAGAAAGAAAAGAGUUCGAGCUGAAGAUCGAGGCCGUGUCAAACGUGUUGUGCAUUGUAGUCGUUGUAAUCAGACAGGUCACUUCAGAACUACAUGUGCAGCACCUCUAUGAAUUCUUAUCUGAAGAUCGGCAGACAAUUGGUAUGAUUUUUAAGUGUUUCCAUAUAUUAGGGAAAUCUGGUAAACUAUUUUAUUAUUUAUGCAACUUUAGUACUUAGUUAGAAUAACUUGUCUAUAUGGUGUCUUCCCUGUUAUUUAGGAAAAAUAUGUGAACAAAAAAAGCAGUGGCUGCUAUAAACCUACUUUUAAUGAAUAAUACAAUUGCUUAUA